UGCCGGGCAGACUGUGCAGGUGGUUUUCCACAUGUUAUCUACAAGAGUUUCGUGUUUGUAUUAACUGGAUAUACGUGACCACAAUGAGGAAGGACGUGAGGAUAUUACUUGUUGGGGAACCUAAAGUGGGGAAGACGUCACUGAUCAUGUCACUUGUCAGUGAAGAAUUCCCAGAUGAGGUUCCUCUUCGUGCUGAGGAAAUCACCAUUCCAGCUGAUGUCACUCCUGAGAGAGUACCUACACAUAUAGUGGACUAUUCAGAAGCAGAACAGUCAGAUGAGCAGCUGUACCAAGAAAUAUCCAAGGCAAAUGUCAUAUGCAUUGUCUACUCUGUAAACAACAAAAAAUCAAUAGAGAAGGUCACAAGCCACUGGAUUCCUCUAAUAAACGACAGAACAGACAAGGACAGCAGGGUGCCACUGAUUCUUGUUGGGAACAAAUCAGACCUGGUGGAACACAGCAGCAUGGAGACAAUACUCCCCAUCAUGAACCAAUACUCAGAAAUUGAGACCUGUGUUGAGUGUUCUGCAAAAAAUCUGAAGAAUAUUUCAGAGUUGUUUUACUAUGCCCAGAAGGCUGUUCUGCACCCUACAGGGCCCCUCUACUGCCCAGAAGAGAAAGAGAUGAAACCGUCUUGCAUCAAAGCACUUACGCGAAUCUUCAAAAUAUCUGACCUGGACAAUGAUGGCAUUCUCAAUGACAAUGAACUUAAUUUCUUUCAGAGGACCUGUUUUAACAUGCCCCUGGCUCCUCAAGCUCUGGAGGAUGUAAAAAAUGUUGUGCGGCGGAACAUGACGGAUGGGGUCAGGGACAACGGGCUCACUCUUAAAGGCUUCUUGUUUCUGCACACACUCUUUAUCCAGCGAGGGAGGCAUGAAACCACAUGGACUGUGCUCCGAAGGUUUGGCUAUGAUGACGACUUGGAGCUAACCCAGGAAUACCUGUUUCCACUGCUAAAAAUCCCUCCUAACUGCACAACAGAACUGAACCACAAUGCUUAUCUCUUUCUGCAGAGUGUCUUUGACAAACACGACAAGGAUCGGGACUGUGCCUUGUCUCCUGAUGAGCUCAAAGAUCUGUUUAAAGUCUUCCCCUACAUGCCCUGGGGUCCUGAUGUCAACAACACAGUCUGCACCAAUGAACAGGGCUGGAUCACCUACCAGGGCUACCUGUCCCAGUGGACGCUAACAACAUACAUGGAUGUGCAGCGCUGCUUGGAGUACCUGGGUUACCUUGGUUACUCAAUCAUUCAUGAGCAAGACUCACAGGCUGCUGCCAUUACAGUCACCAGGAACAAGCACAUUGACCUGCAAAAGAAACAGACCCAGCGCAGCGUUUUCCGCUGCAACGUCCUGGGAGCGCGAGGCAGUGGCAAGAGUGGCUUUCUGCAAGCCUUUCUGGGCAGAAACCUUUCUCGACAGAAAAGGAUUAGGGAAGACCACAAAUCCUUCUAUGCAAUUAGCACUACAUAUGUCUAUGGGCAGGAGAAGUACUUGCUGCUGCACGAGAUUCACCCAGAUUGUGAGUUUCUCUCAGAAGCUGACCUGGCCUGUGAUGUCAUCUGUCUGAUAUAUGAUGUCAGUAACCCUCGCUCUUUUGAGUACUGCGCAAAGUCCUAUAAGAAAUACUUUAUGGACAGCAAGACACCGUGUAUGAUCAUUGCUGCCAAGUCAGACCUGCACGAGAUUCGUCAGCUCUACAGCUCAACUCCUUUGGACUUCUGUAGAAGACACAAGCUGCACCCACCACAGCUCUUUACCUGCAACACAGCCGAGGCACCCAGCAAAGAUAUCUACACCAAGCUAACCACCAUGGCCAUGUAUCCCCACGCCAAACUACGCUGCAUGUGUACCUGCAACUGGUGCACUUUUUGCAUCAGUCAGAACCUGCUGAACAGUGAGCUGCUGCGCUCGGUCAGAGCCAAACUCUACAGUGUCAUUGUGAACAGGCAUAUGACCCAAGCAGACCUGAAGAACUCGACCUUCUGGCUGCGAGCCAGCGUCGGGGCCACUGUCUGCGCAGUGUUGGGCUUUGCCAUGUAUAAAGCACUUCUCAAGCAUCGGUGAUCAGUUACAGUUGCAGCAUGUGACUACAAUCUUGUCUAUGGAAAAAAGAAAAACUGCAACCCACCCCUUUCAUCCUCGUCCCUUCCAGUCCAGUCAUUCCCCUUUGAGAGGAAGCAAGUAGGAUCAAGAUAGCUACAUUUUCUAUUUAAAAUGAAAUGCAUCCUUAUUCUUUAACUGUGUUUCUCUUCUCUGGAGGUUUGAGUUGCUCUCGUAUCAGCAAUCUUGUGUAAUUAAACACAACAGACACUUCAGACUGGUUUUAAAAUGCGUCGUUAUUAUUUUCUGAUCAGUAUUAGCAGGCGUGACCCGUUUUAGUCCACGCAGAAGCAUGAGUUUGAAUGGGAGUAAAUGGAAAGCUCUCUUUAUAAAUGUAAAUAUUGCUGGUGGUCACCUUCAGCUACAAUGAACAAAAGGCAGUACAAAACUCAAAUCCACCUACAGGAAGCGCUGAAACUAAGCAAUUUCCAAGCAAAGGUCAUAAUUGUUCGAGCAUGCUUUAGAUGUAUUAAUUUAUUAACUUUAUGUUUGUCAGACAAAACAGUUUGACUUUGCAUGAAUUACACACAAUAAAAGUUUUUUUUAUCAUAUAUGUUUUGUUUUUAUAUUAUUAUAUGUUUGCCCACCUCUAACUGUCACAGACUAUGCAGUGAGAGCUGACUAAGCUUUCCUGCCAUGUCGACAAGAUCACAAGGUCUCGGAUGCUUCUAGAAAAUCCUAGUGUGGAUUCUGUGGUCAGGUCAAUGGGACACGGUCUCUAUGAGAACUCAUCAAUAAGCUCCACACUAAAUAUGUACUCUUAUCAAUCUGUUUAAGAUGAUCACAGUGCUUUUUUUGCUCUUUAGUUUCAUCAUGGUAUAUUGUAUUAUUUUCAGUGCAAACUCAUUUCAGAACCAUUAAACUACUGUUGUACUCAUUUCUGACCCUUCAAACAUUUACAAUAAACUACUGUGUGAUCUA